AUGCCAUCAGUAAAGUUCUCAAGACUGGCACAAACCCACCACCUUCAACGACCAAAGGAAACACAUGAGCCUCAAAGCACAGCUCCUCCUCUUCCCACCACGCGCUUGCUGCUGGCCAAGAGCGAAGCGCAAAGGCCCAGCUCAGUGGUAGCGUCUCUUGGCGAGAAGGCGGCUCCGCACCACGGGAACACCACAACGCCAGCGCUUGGCGAGAAGGUGGCUCUAUCCCACAGGAACACCACAACACCAGCGCUUGGCAAGAAGGUGGCUCUGCACUGCAGGAACACAGCACCAGUGCCUGGCAAGAAGGUGGCUCUGCCCCGCAGGAACACAACACCACCAGUGCUUGGCGAGACACUUGGCGAGAAGGUGGCUCUGCACCGCGGGAACACCACAACACCAGCACUUGGUGAUAAGGUGGCUCCGCACCACGGGAACACCACACCAGAGCUUGGCGAGAAGGUGGCUCUGCACCACAGGAACACACCACCACCAGUGCUUGGCGAGAAGGUGGCUCUGCACCGCAGGAACACCACACCAGCGCUUGGCGAGAAGGUGGCUCCGCAUCGCAGGAACACAACACCAGCAGUGCUUGGCGAGAAGGUGGCUCUGCACCGCGGGAACACCACACCAGCGCUUGGCGAGAAGGUGGCUCCGCAUCGCAGGAACACAACACCAGCAGUGCUUGGCGAGAAGGUGGCUCUGCACCGCGGGAACACCACAACACCAGCGCUUGGUGAGAAGGUGGCUCUGCCCCGCGGGAACACAGCCCCAGCGCUUCAUGCGCCGCGGAACAGAAGCGGGACGCGCUCCCGAGCAAGGAUUCCUUUUUCCCGCGCCCCCGCCCAUCUCCGCAGUGCCCGGCGCACGGCAGUAGCGGGGCCGCGGUGGCAGGAGAUCGCUUUGCCACGCGUCGCCGGGAACAAACCCGAUGCUUCGAUGUGA